AUGGAUCCUCAUGACAAUGAAGCUGACACAGCUACUCUCGAGCGUGAAGCCCUGGGCAGGAUCAUCCACGCCUUCAGCGAGUACAAACACACCGCAGACCUUGACCUGAUGAUCAAAGGACGUGAUUUCUCCAGGCUGAAGCAGGCACAUAAGGACCUGCUGCCCCACUUCCAUGCCCACCUUCGGCAGGCAUCCCAGGGAGUGCAGCACAACCACAUCUUUUUGCGGUCUAUGCUGACUCAGCUCCUCGAGGAGGGCCCCAACUCCUCUCCCUUCCUUCCUGGGGCUCUGAGCGCCGCAGAGGAGUAUGCAGCGGGUGUCAAUGGCCGGGUUCUCCCCCAGGACGUCGAGAAAGUCAGGUACGUCUUGAAGAACCUGAUGAGAGAUUGGUCAGAGGAGGGGGCGGCAGAGCGGGCCGCCUCUUAUGGACGGAUCAUGCAGGAGGUCGAGUCCAUCGCCAGCCGCCAGGCCCCGGGCCAGGUCCCACUGUCCAUCCUGGUGCCUGGGGCUGGACUGGGGAGGCUGUGUGCCGACCUGUGCUCGAUGGGCCAUCAUGUGCUUGGAAAUGAGUUUUCCUUCUACAUGCUGCUGGCCUCAGCCUAUGUCCUGAAUCACAGCGCUCGACUGCAUCAGUGGACGGUGCACCCCUGGCUCCACUCUGGCUGCAACCACUUCACGUCGGCGAGCCAGUUGCGGGGGCUGGCCAUCCCAGACGUUCUGCCCGAAGACCUGACAGCGCCUGGGGAACUGGGCAUGGUGGCGGGCGACUUUGUGGAGGUCUUUGCGCGACCAGAGUACCAGGCCGUCUUUGACGUGGUGGCCACCUGCUUCUUCAUAGACACUGCACAUAACGUCAUCGACUAUCUAGAGACCAUCGUCGCUGUGCUGAAGCCCGGCGGCUCCUGGGUCAAUCUUGGGCCGCUGCUGUACCACUGGGCCGAGCCCCAGGAAGGCCCUGACGAGCCCAACAUCGAGCUGUCUCUGGAGGAGAUCGAGGCUGUGGCUGGGCAGCUGGGACUGGUCAUGCAGCGCAGGGAUGUAGUCAAAGCACCGUUUGCGAGCAACAGGCAGAGCAUGUUUGAGAGCACCUACACAUGUUCCUUCUGGACCAUGACCAAGGGGCCAGGCAGCUGA